AUGUCAAAAAUCCAAACUCUCUUCUUGGUUAUUGCCGCUUUGUUCUUUGCUCUCGCUUGGACUUCUCCAAUUCCAAAUUCUCAGGAUCCUGUUAGCGAUAAACCACCUACUCCUGGAGGUUCAAUUCAAGUGACAGCACCAAGCGCGGGAACUUAUAAGUUUGGAUCAUGGCAAGGUGUUAGCUGGAAUGCUAACGUCGAUAUUCCAGACAAAUGGAAUCGUAAAGUCAACGUUUGGGUCUCCAGAAAGCGCGGAGACGGACCAGACAUAGUUAAAUACAAAUAUCUCGGUGAAUUCAAUUACGGAAAUACCUAUGCUGGAUUCACAGCUGAGCUCAAUGCAGGUGUUUAUUAUGGCUAUGUAGAGGUCUGCGAUGAUCCUACGGUUUGGGGCACCGGACCACUAUUCGGGAUUAAUUGGUAA